UGUGAUCCCACCAUACAAAAAAUCUUGAAAUUUUUCUGGCUUGGCAUUCACCUCUUGAAAUCGUAGCUACAAUUACGCGGAUACCAGCUUGAACCGAGAAUUGGCGUCAGGCAGGUGUCGUCGAACGGUCGUAGCAGCGGAAAACUUGGAGUAGCCGCAAAAAGGAAAAUAGAAAAAAAAAUUUUGGAGACCCCCGAAAAUUGGAAUCUCAAGGAUGGCAAUGCCAACCUGCGCCAUCGGCCUCGGUCCUUACCAGAAGACAAGGUCGUUUGGGGUUUCGUGCAGGAAGAGAGACAGAGAACGAGAAAGAGAUAAGAAUCACCCGUACAAAGUUAUCGAGAUUACCCCUCCACCCAAGAGUCUGGGAAUUCGUUGCUUUCCCCCUAAUUUGCAGUGUGGGGAGAGUGUAACAAUAGAAGGGCAUGCUUAUACCAUUUCAGCUGUGACACACCGGUACCAGCUUCGGAAGGGAAAAUACGAACUGGGUGAGAAAAGACUUGAUGUUUUGUCCACUGGGAGAUACAUAUUGAAUUUAUAUUUAGAAAACUUGUUAGAACAAUCUUGAUAAACGUAUUUAAUCAAGUACCUAUCUGAUAACAAGAUGUAUCGUUCUGAUCCUGUGUAUUUGUCUGGUAAAUUAAAAUCUACAUUGCUGUUUGGCGAAAUGAAAAGGCCUAGUUCUAUAUUGCUGUGUCCUGAACUUUGUUGGCUUCUAUCCAGUUCAUGGGACCUAACUAGUCAGUUUUUUUUUUUUUUUAAAUAAUCAUUGCCUUGUAGUAUUGUA